ACACGGUCGCACGAAGGAUCCGCUCGAACGCUCCGAACCACGAAUCCACCAAGGGUACGCCGAAGCAAUAUGGAAGGAGAUGGCGAUCAAGAAGACGCAGUCUUCGAAGAUGAUGCACCCAUGUCAUGGACGCAGGCUGGUGAAACAAGUGAAAUUUCACAGCAACUAGGUUCGUCCACGCAGCCCGGCAGGGAGUGGUUGCUCCCGAAUCCGUAUCAAGAAGGGCCUCUGAGUUGUCCACUUAUUACUUCCUCGUCGGCAAAUCAAGAGCACAGAAACGAUGGUGCGAGGGCAGGCACUCAGAACGUGCAAGGGCAAAGCAUGGGUGUCGUGUCAAAUGAACAUAGCACUACAUCAACGCCACCGCCUACUUUCUCCGACGCCUUCGAGGCUUCUCCCAGCCCACUGUCACAAGCAAUGCAGCCAUCCUUUGGGGACAGCGCCGGUCUCACAGCAGAUAACGUGGCCGCAAUAGCGGCUGUUCACCCGUACAACAUAUUGGUCGCCCUUGAACGACUGCGGCCGCUAUUAGACAUGAUCAUCAACACACAUGGACAGCCACAGGCUGGACCUGGGCUAGCAGAAGGAGAGCGUCUUCUGACGGCAGGAUCAUCAUGGCCAUUCUCACCUGUCGUCAUGUUCAACGAAACCAGUGAAAUAACUAUUGGUGCGUUUGGGGCUCGCACCCUAUGUAGUGCGCCCUGGCAGCGUUCAGGACAUGAAGUACUACCUGAGCCUUCGUCAGAUCCCCCGGCUCACACAGUACUGAAUGGAACACAGGGCGCAGAAAGUGAACGGCAGAGAAACGUAAGCGGCGCCUCCGAAGCACCGGGCGGUGGUGAGCUUCCUCCGCGGCUGGCCGCAGAGGACGACGCUCGGGACGCCACUGCGAACGCAUGGACGCGUACCACAGGCGAGAGUUUGGAACGAUUGGUUGGCUUACAUACACGAAGGAUGAGGAUCGACCCACAAAGCGAAGCAAUCAGACGAGUGCGCGUUCUUCCAGACCUCGAAGUCUUGGAACAAGAGCCCUGCCGUCUCACGCUGAUGCUUACCGAUGACGAAGCCGGAGUGGCUGAAGAAAGACAUCAUCUCGCCGAAUGGGAAACGUUCACAAGGGCUCUAUUGACCGUUCACUUUUGUAUUCACCGCUUGUGCCUGAGCAUCUCGGCAGUCUCCCGGCCACCCAGAAACUUCUACCAGGGCUUCAGUUUGCGAGACGGAACCUUUGUGAUCGACGUUGAAGUCUCUGCAUUUCGCGACCCGUACAUGGACUUUGUGUUACCGUAUUUGCAUCAUCUGUGUCGAUUAAGAAAUGUUGAACAGGCUGAUGUGUACUUUCAAGAUAUCUCUCCGCAAAGUUGUGACGUCAUAGGUCAGGAGAUGUUGCGUGAAGCGCACCGGAUGGAUGCACGUCUCGAAUUUGACGUAAACAACAGGAACAUCGCACGAAUAUUGGACGCUACCAGGGAAAUGCCCUUUCUUGAGCAGCUCGGAAUACACCUGAACAACACUGGCCCUGGACCGUGCGAGCCCCGACAAAUAUCGGUAAACCUGACAUACCGCAUUUGCAGUGACGUUCGGAGGCUGAGAUACGAGGUCGAUGCAACCUACGCGCAUUUACUGUGCUGUGAAUGCGCCGACCACCGUGGCGUAAGCACAACGCUUGGUGUUGAGACAAACAUUAUACCGACACUCAGCGCCGGUCGCGAGCUCACAUGUUCCAUCGGUGACAUGGUGCCAUACAUAAUUACUGUUACGCAACCUCCAUUGCUUGGUACUUAUGUUCUUAAUGUGUUUUCCAUUGUAUGUAUGCGUGAUCAAGAUUAGCUUUAUUUGCUUUUAGAAUCAGAAGGCAGUUUAGACGAUUUUCAAAUGAUUUUGGAAGGCUAUCGCCACUUUCUGACAAAUGUUGCCAUUCUCACCUUUGUAGGGUGUUUUUUCACAGGUGCUGUAAGAAAGUGUCUGAAAGCAGACACGUUACCUACGUUGUUUUUGUUCUAAAUGGUUUAUGUUCUAAAUUUGUUCUUAUUCACUGACCAAGCUACGUAUACGUUACGUUAGAGGUGCGACACUUUUUACAUUUUGAAAUGAAUGUUUUGCUUGCGACAGGGAAAUUACAUCGAAAUAAAGAACGUCACGCCGUUAACGCGAAGCAAAGCUGAACAUAUCGCAAUGAAAAAUGUUCACUUGAUGCAGACGAAAACACCUGUAAAUGUAUGCAAUCUGCUUAUGUUUAAAUGUAUUUGUGCGGGUGCGUUGACGCAGUGGCAGCUUGUUUAAAGCGAAACUGCGUCUAGUAAUGUCACAAUGUUUUUAAGUGCUUUAAGAGCUUAUCUGAGAACUCUUAAAUUACAUAAGGGUCCUUGGAGUACUUGCUGAGGACCAGUCAUGAGAAGACUACCGAACGUCUCAAUUUCGGACCGUGAAAAGUAAGCAUAUUUUAUUACUCGUAUCACGGCGAUUUCCACCGCAUUGACACCAAAAUUUCAUCUCGAAGUGGAGAGCCUACACUAUAUCCAAGGCUCACUGGCAUUACCGUAUUAGACGCAGGAUAAUUGAUGGUAAUAAAAACGUAACUCUUAAUUGUACUAGGACAAAUAACUGCAAUAUUCCAAAUUCACGUCGUAAUUGUAUUCAGUUCUGACUGAUGCUUACCAAGGCCACUACUUUGACAUUUUAUUGAAGACAUUCUAGCGCCCCAGAGAGUUCGCGGAUAUUUAUAUUAUAGCUUUCGUUUAUUUUUAUGAGCGUCUCCUGUAUGACACAACCAAUCUCUCGAGGUCACAAAACAAGAGCCUGACUGCAUUUGUAUGAAAGGUUUCAAUUAGAGCACGUGCUGUUUUUUAUUGCAAGGAAUGCCUCCAGUGCUCCAGUGGCAUUUAAUGUCAUUUUUGUCUGUAUAGCUUUCAUUUCAGAUGUUUUUUUAGACCUACCCGCUUAUAGUGCAUUGACAUUUGUUGAAAAUACAUUUUGUGCCAAUGCAUGUGCCUUGUAAUUUAUGUCGGUGCACUUCAUUUCUCCAUGAUUUCUACUCAUCUUGUAAAACAAUAAAAUACACGUUUCCUGCAGGUUUGUGACGCCAAUGAUGUGUUUUCUUUUCAGAAGUUUGUCUAGCUUCAGAGAAAUUGAUUGUGAGCUGUAGAGAUUCACCAUUUUAUUGCCGGUUUUGUUCUGAAUCAUAGUAGGAGGCUGUCGUAGUAACUCUCUGGGCCAUGUAUAAGGGCGUUUAAGAAGCCAGAGUAAUGAGUGCUUGUAAAUUCACGUCAUGGAAUGAAUAAUGUGGCAAUUUCUGCUAAGCGCGGAAG